GUCCUAACCCAGGUUGAAUCUCUGAUCUAAUCUGUCAAAAUCCGUAGUGUCGGAUAGUCCAGGAUGUCGUCGUUCGUGUUGGGCGUACCCUCUCUUCUGGCCUAUCUUGUCACAGCCGCCCUCGUCUGGAUCACCAACCUCGUGAUAUACCGACGCUUCUUCCACCCACUGGCUAAGAUUCCCGGUCCACUCUGGGCUUCUAUCACGCACUAUUACAUCGUCAAGUACAACCUAUUCAGCGGACGCAGCCAAUUCUACCUCCAAGUCGAGAAACUGCACCAGCAGUACGGCCCCAUUAUUCGAAUAUCACCUGACGAGAUCCAUCUCAUUGAUCCCGGUAACUAUGAGAAGGUGUAUUAUAUUAGAUCUACGGCACCCUCGAAAGCGGGAUAUUUCUACGAUGCGUUUGGAUUGAAGACUGCCGCCUUUGGAACGACGGACAAUGCGCUGCAUCGCGUGCGUCGUGCGGCCAUCAACCCCGUCUUCUCCCGCAAGGCGGUCUUGCAACUUGAAGAUGUCAUUCAAGCCAAGACCCAGAAGCUAGUUCAUCGUAUGGAAGACAUACUCUCGGAAGGAAAACCAGUCGACUUGCACCAUGGGUAUCGUGCUUUGGCUGUGGAUAUCGUGACCGACUAUUCUUUUGAUAAUUGCUAUAAUCAACUGGAUAUGCCGAACUUUGGGGCUGACUUUUUUGAUAUGACCGGAGAGCUCAGUCCAAGGGGCUGGGUGCUGCAAGCUUUCCCGAUCCUGGGGCCGAUCUCGAAUCUUGUUACGCUGGGGUUAGCGAAGAGGAUGAAUACGGGUCUUUAUCAUUUCUUGCAAUUCAGAAAGAGAUGCGUUGAAGAGAUAACAGCAGUAAAGAAAUCCAUCGACGAAGGAAGCGACAAGUCGAAACACAAAACGGUCUUCCAUCAACUCCUCGACCCCAACGUCACCGAAGGCCAUGUCGUACCCGGGAUUGAAGAUCUCACGGACGAAGCCUUCACCAUCCUGACAGCGGCUGCUGACACCACCGGACACGCCAUGGCGAUCCUCACCUACUACGCUGUCUCCAACCCCGUGAUCUACCGUACUCUAGCAGCGGAACUCAAAACAGCAUUCCCCGACCGCGUCGAGAAUCUAGAUUACGCAACACUUGAGAAACUACCCUACCUAACAGCAGUUAUCAAGGAGGGAUUGCGCCUCUCUUACGGUGUUCCUGGCCGACUUCCGAGAACCAUCACCGCCCCAACGGCGACGUUCAACGGCUAUACCGUCCCAAAAGGCACGAUUGUGGGAAUGAGUAUUUACUUGAUGCACCGAGCUCCAGAUAUCUUUCCAGAGCCAGAUAAAUUUGAUCCCGAGCGCUGGCUCGAUCCGGUGAAAUCGAAGAAGUUGGAUAAGUAUUUGGUGUCGUUCAGCAGGGGCUCGACGCAGUGUGUUGGAAUGCAUCUUGCGUACUUGCAGCUUUAUGUUGGCAUCGGCACCAUUUUCCGCAAGUUCGAGAAUCUUCGCAUCUUCGAGACGACUCGGGAGGACUUGGUGUUUGAUGAUUUCUUUGGGCCGUUUUUUCUGAAUGAACAGAAGAAGAUCAAAGUUAUCAAUGGAACAUAA